CUGAACUUAAUUAUUUUACGAUAUUAUUUUUUACCCUCUAGAAUCUCCGAUGACGAUGGAUCAUUAUCAGAUAAUAACUCUGGUGGUCAAUUAGACGAUGAUGAAGUAUCGAAUUCCGCAUCGCAACCCGAAUCUACCUCAGCCUACUCUCCUUUAGACACAGCUUCCAAAACUAAGUCCAUAACGCUUACUCAUGAUGCCAGACUUGAGAUAAAGGCAGAUCAUCCAUUUGUAUUGACUUCUCUUUCCAUUGAUUCUCUGCAGACUGCUGCGGAUACUAGUAGUCUGUACUGCCCUGUGGAGUUGAAGCCAGAUUUGUCGGUUAAUGGGACUCAAUCUCCUCGGGGAGUAUCAUCUCCUACUUCCUGUAAUCAGCAGGCCUCAUGCGAAUUAAUCAAACAUCCAAGCAAGAAGUCAAAAUCCGAUUUGAAUUCUCUGACAUCGCAAACUUUGAUAGAUCAAGAAAAGUCUAGUCCUCUUAUUUCCGAAGAAAUGGCAAAGGAAUUUAUUAAAAGACUGUAUGUUAUUUUUAUGGUGGUUUUAAAUUACAAUAGGUUUUUAGCUUUUUUGAUUGAAGUUCAAGCUAGUUACUUUUAUUCAGACGCCUAG